AUGAGCUCCCAACCAAUAAUGGUACCCGGAGGGGAAAAAAGUCAUCAUCAUGAAUCGCAAUCAUCAUCAGUUGGACAUUCUAAUGAUUUAAAAACAAUGACACCACCAACAAGCCGUUCUUUUAACAAUCGAGACGAGCGGAGACCCCGGCAGGGUAGCGUAAAUGCCCAGUCAGCUCAGUUGUCAAAGCUACCAUCAUCAGAAUCACUUACAGCUAAUGUUAAUAUUCCUGGUCCACCGCUUUCACCAGGUUUAUCAGCGAUGGGGGAGAGUACUCUCAAAAUCGAUACCACCACCGACAAGGGAGAUGGAAAAUUAACGAGAAAAGAAUCGUACAAAGCACAGCGUAAAAAUUACCGAAUUGAAAAAAAACGUGUUGCCAAUGAAUUAUUGAGCUCAUUAAAAGAUCCGACAGUUAUUGUUAUGAGUGACUGGCUCAAAGUACGCGGUACUCUAAAAAGUUGGACUAAACUCUGGUGUAUACUCAAGCCAGGUUUAUUAUUACUUUAUAAAAGUCCAAAGAUAAAGAGCAGUCACUGGGUCGGAACGGUCUUGUUGAAUACGUGUCAAGUUAUUGAACGACCAAGUAAAAAAGAUGGAUUUUGUUUCAAGUUAUUUCAUCCACUUGAGCAAUCUAUUUGGGCACCACGGGGGCCUGAAAAAGAAGCUAUGAGAGCCGUAGUACAACCAUUGCCAACAUCUCAUUUAAUUUUUCGCGCACCAUCGCAGGCCGCUGGUAAAUGUUGGCUCGACGCUUUAGAAUUAUCUCUACGUUGCUCUUCGCUUAUCGUCAGAUCUACUAGUAUUUUGCCGCGUUCGCCGCAACACGAUGCUACUACAACACACGAGACUCAGUGGAGUGAAGCUGAUUAUGAGAAACACUUUGAUGACCACGAUUACAAACUGGACGAGUCUCUACAGAUAAAUUUAAGCCGCUACAUCCCCCCGACACCAACGACACCACAGAGACGGUUGUUGUCAUGUCCGCCAUCACAUUAUUCCCCGGGUAACAAAAGCCCCGCAUCCAAAAGCUUGUGCCCUUCGCCGACCCCGGUCUUCCAGCAACUUUGUCACGCAGUGGCUUAUUGGGAAAAGCACUUGAUCGGCAAGUCAACGCCGCCGUCAAUAGAUAAUAAAAAUUUAUCCGGUAGCUCUGACGGCGAGGGUUUAUUGUCUGAUAACGGUAGCUUGUACAGUAGAUACUUGUCACCCUCGCCGCCCCAUUUUUAUGGCUCUUGUUCACCCACCCGACGCAUGACCAUACCCUCGAUCCAUGUCCUAGAGUGUCAAGCCCGACGAGUAGUAACGCUAGAUCCUGUUCGUACCUUACACACAGACCUGGACGAUAUCAGUCAACCGGAGAACGGCGUCGUUGCUGAUGCUGAGAUCAGCGGUACCGAUUCUGAUUCCGAGGGAUCUGUCAAGGAGGAAGAAAUCACUAUUUGCGAGACUCCGUAUCUUGCUAAUGAAAAUGAAUUUUUGGGAUCGGCUGGAGAAGUUGUUGCCGAGCUGCCGGAUGAACAAAAGUCACUUAUCUGGUUUCUUCUCAAGCAAGUGAGACCGGGUAUGGAUCUUUCAAAAGUAGUAUUACCGACCUUUAUCCUCGAGCCACGUUCUUUUUUGGAAAAACUUGCUGAUUCUUAUUAUCAUGCCGAUUUACUUUCGCAGGCUGUUCUGGAAGAUGAUGCAUUUACUCGUAUGAAAGGGGUAGUUAAAUGGUAUCUAUCUGGAUUUUACAAGAAGCCCCAAGGUCUUAAGAAACCAUACAAUCCACUGCUUGGUGAAACAUUUCGUUGUUAUUGGCAACAUCCCAAUGGCUCAAGAACAUUUUAUCUCGCUGAACAAAUAUCCCACCAUCCACCAAUUUCGGGAUUUUAUGUAACAAACCGACAAGACGGUUUUACAAUAAGUUCAACGAUAAUAGCAAAGUCUAAAUUUUAUGGUAACUCUACGUCAGCUGUUUUGGAUGGUGCAGCUGUGCUUACGAUGCUUCCACGUGGCGAGGAUUACUCUAUGACUAUUCCCUAUGCUCACUGCAAGGGAAUAGUUAUGGGUACCUUGUCCAUGGAACUCGGCGGCAAAAUAAAUAUUAUUUGCGAAAAAACGGGUUACCAUACGGAGCUUGAAUUUAAAUUAAAGCCAUUUUUGGGUGGUGCUGAACAAAUGAACCAAGUUGUGGGUCGAAUAAAGCUCGGAAAAGAAACUUUGGCCUCUAUAUCCGGUUACUGGGACGGACAAAUUAAUAUCGUCGACAAGAGAACUGGACAAGAAAGUGUUUUGUUCACUUCGACUCCGGAAGUAAGAAGAUCACGUCUGAAGAAAUACACAGUGCCGAUAGAAUCCCAAAAUGACUGGGAAAGCCAAAAAUUGUGGCUCGCAGUUACACAAGCCAUCAAUAAUGACGACCAGAUAGCAGCUACCGAAGCUAAGACGGCUUUGGAAGAAGCUCAGCGUGAACGUGCCAAAGAACGUAAAUUAAGUAAUCUCGAAUGGAUUCCCAAAUAUUUUGUACAGGAUAUAAUAACAGGUAAUUGGAUCUAUCGACAUGCUGACAUUAGACCAUGGGAUCCACGAAAUGAUGUAGUUCAAUACGAACAAGAUUAUAUUGUACGCACAAAAACGCGCCACAAGACUCCGAUAAUGCGGACCGGAAGUAUUGUUUCAGCCGAUCCACAAUCUCAGAUGCCGUUAUUACAGGCGGAGUCGCGUUCCUCGUUAUCUGUACUCAAGUCAUCUAAGAGGCAGCUGUCUAAUAAUUUACCUUUGGCAGAAAAUCCUCAUGAUUCUGCUAGUUCCUCCGAAGCUAUUCACUCUGAUUCGAGUCAGUCUGUUGGUAAAAGACGACGUUCUGCAGCUAGGAUGAUGCAUUCGUUAAAAGAAGUCGAGAGUCAAAUAGCUGAGCACGGAGAAAAAUUAAAUCAUAUUCAACGCUCAAUAGAACAAUUAGCUUAUCGACAGCGAACACAACGGGAACAAAAUUACAAUCCAAAUAUGAUUAAAAGUUGCGUAGACACUAUUGUUGUUAUUGCUAUCGUCUAUUUCGUGCAGUAUAUUAUGAAAUUUUUUAACCACACUAGUGAUACUAAAGAUACAUGGUAA